CAACAAUCGAUGUUUGUCAGGAACACUGUCAUCUCCAACACUUUUGUGUGUGGGAUGCAAAUUCUAAUACCCAAUAAUUAGCGAGCGAACCCAAAGUGGCCCCCUAGAGCGAGUGUCAUGCCCAGGAAAAACUCAUCCAGGCGUCCCUGUUGAAUUCUAACCUGGGCGGAUUUGAACUCCGCAGAUUUAACGCAAAGACAUUAAGGUAAAACGCAAUUAAGCGAUGGCGACGAGUGCUGCUGGGGCGAACGAGUAUUGAAAAGUCGGAUUGGAUAUAUGUAUGAAGGAAUAGUAAUCCCACAAGCAAGUUAAAAACACCAAGCCCAGACCCAGUGAGACAAACAGAAAUCAAGAUCCUGGCACAUAGAUGAGAAAUGCAAAUAGUGCGAAUGGUAAAGAAACAAAGCAGCAGCAGAGGACACCGUGGACUUGAGGAAUAACAGAGUAAAAGAGGACUCUACCGGCAACAGACGUCGUGUCCUGGCUGGCAAAAUGUGUCUGAAAAGCUGCCUCCUAAUCACCCUUAUGGGUCUCAGCCUUGUUUGUAAUGAGGCGACUCUAGUCGAUGGGCAUGUUCUUGUCUUUCGUAGAGUCACAAAUCAGUUGAUUGAAGAGUUUAAUGCCAUGCCAGCGCAAUUCGGUCCACAAUUGGCGUCUAAUGGCAUCAAAGUGUUCGUUGUACCGCCCAUUCCCACCCAAUCCUACGCUUGCGACCACCUGAGUAGGCCACCGCACCUUAAUUAUCCAACCGGCGCUAAAUUUGUGGCUCUAAUAUCACGCGGGGGUGAGUGCACAUUUGAGCGGAAGGUGCGAGUGGCUCAGAACGCCAGCUAUUCUGCUGUGAUUGUUUACAAUAAUGAAGGAGAUGACUUGGAGCAAAUGUCGGCCGAUAAUAGGACUGGCAUCCACAUACCAUCCGUUUUUGUGGGUCACACUUCGGGCAAAGCCCUAGCCUCGUAUUUCACGCCCGAAGUGGUGCUAAUCAUCAACGAUGAGCUUCCCUUCAACAUCAAUACCCAACUAAUAUUACCCUUUUCCAUACUGAUUGGCCUGUGCUUCAUCAUCAUGGUUAUCUACAUGAUCUACAAGUGCAUCAGAGAACAGAGACGUCUGCGUCGCCACCGACUGCCAAAGAGUAUGCUGAAGAAGCUGCCGGUGCUCCGCUACACAAAGAACAAUGUGAACAACAAGUACGACACCUGUGUGAUCUGUCUGGAGGACUUUGUCGAGGACGACAAGUUGCGCGUUCUGCCCUGCUCACAUCCCUACCACACACACUGCAUCGAUCCCUGGCUCACCGAAAAUCGACGCGUUUGCCCCAUUUGUAAGCGCAAGGUUUUUACGAAGGGCGCAACGCGUGUAAGUCGGAGUCGACAGCCUUCUUUGGAUAACGUUACGGACACCGAUGAUGACACGACGCCACUACUGCAGCAACAAUCCAGCACUCGCCAGACGACACAAACAAGCUCCGCAUCUUCAGCGGUGGAUGCUGCUGCUGCUGGUGGUAGCAGUUCAAAUGUGGGUGCGGCAGCUGCUGCCGGAACAACUAGGCACGGCACAUUCCGACGGGGGGAUCCUGGAAGGAAUCCGUUCGAGAACCAAGAGUCCCAAAGUUCGGACGACGAGAAUGCCCUGCUGGACUCGGCUGUGCGUCCGGCCACAUCGUCCGGAGCUCCCCGUGAAAGGAUCAAUCCCUUCGAUCGUGCCCCCAAUUUGCCAGCCAAUUUGGCUGAACAGUUCAAUGGAGGACGUCCAUCGAUCUGGUCCCGAUUCAACUUUAACUUCCUGUUCCGCCGCCAGCCGAAUACGAUUAGUGUUGCGGCGCCACCUUAUCUGGAGCAUGUAGAGUCCGGCACCAGUGCCAUGGGCUUGCCUGUGACGGGGACAGUUGCCGUGGCCGUGGCGGUGGCCACACCCGCCUCGAACAACAUCCUCAAUCCGAAUUUAAGCGGCUCCUUCAAGGACGACGACGAUAUGCCACCGCAUCGCUCCAUCUAUGAACCAAUUGCAAUCAGUACGCCGGCAACGGAGUCGGCGAUGGUCGAUGAUUCGGCGUUCCUGCAAACGCCAACGCAAGGCGGUAUAGGCGUGGCCGCCUUGCCAAAUAGCGGCACCGAUCGCCAGUUUCUCAUAUGAGGGGAUCAGUUCGAUCGCCCCGAGUCCUUAGCCUGUAGGUUGUCACCGAUCCUUAAGCCGAGAAAUGUUGUAUAUGUUUCGGUUAUUACUAGGAACGUUCUUCAAUGUUUUUCGUUUUGGGUUCGCUAUUUAUAUGCUGUCGGCUGCCAGCUGCCAGCUGUCAGCUGCUUUGUUUUAAACAAUUAACUAAUGUUUAUUAUUAAUAUUAAUAAAUAUGUAGCCGAACCUUGUGUUGGCCUGUGCGCAGGACAUCCACAUCCACUACCCCAAGCCCCAAGCCUCCCCACAGACACAACAAACAACACACACAAAACACCCAUACACGUCAUUUAUAUGCGUAUACAAAUUGUGAUUUAUUUUAUAUACAUUUUACAAUUAAACCCAAUCGGCAUACUAGAUAACGCCCCGCCUGCAAACUUCCAAAAAUACAAUAACAAACAAAACACAAAAAAAAAAAAGAAACUAUAAAAGAAUGCGUAAAAUACAUAUAAGAUUGAAUUGUUUACCUGAUUCGGAUUAAUCAAAGAUUUUGUUUUUUUUUUAAUUCUUAUUUAAACACAAAUACACGUUAAACCAACACAGAACCAUUUAACUGAUUUAAGAAAUUAUGUAUGAGUUUAGAUUUUGAAAGCAUUGUUUUAUGAUGAGAUCUGUUAUUCGCGAAACAAAGGAAAUUAAAUCAUAUAAUUGAUUAUGUGGCACUGGCCCUGUAUAUUGUACAUUAUUCUCGAUUUAACUAAUUUUAAGUUUACUAUAUACAUAUAGUGUAUAAUCCCCGAUUUAUGCCCGUUAUUAGGUCAGAGAGCUAGAAAUACUUUCAAAUAUGAUCAAAUUAUAUUUCGAGUCAAUGUCGUUGCCACACUCCAAUAAGAGUAGAAAACUUAAGCGCUAGUUUUGUGAUUCUUUUUCCCCCAAGAAAAUAAAAAAUAAAAAAAACAAAGAUUUAAAAAAAAACACCUAUUAAUUAAAAAAAAGAAAACAACUGAUGAAAAUGUUCACAACAAAACGAAAUCAAUUAGGGCAUAGAUGCAUUCGAAAGUGGAAUAUAUUUAGAGAUGCUGUGGCGCAGUGUAAUUUAAAUUUAAUUUACAUUCAAAUAAUAAAUAAACGUAAUGGAUAUAAACAAACAAAA